GCCACUUCAUCACACUUUCGGAACAAUAAUCCACAGCAUUCACUCUUUUCUCUUCAUCAUCUAGCUGCACGAUCUUCCCCAUGCGCGCUGUUUCAACUUUGGCCGCCCUGGCUGCCGCUGUGCCCCUAACUGCGUCUGCAGCCAUCCAGACAAGAUCAGCCGGCUCUGACCUUCCUGUUGUGAACACCACAUUGGGAUAUGUGCGGGGCACAUACUCCCCCUUCCGUGGUGGUGACACCGCCGUUGUCUACAAAGGUAUUCCGUUCGCCGCUGCCCCGACUGGUGAAAACCGCUGGAAGGAGCCCCAGUCACCCCAGCCCUGGUCUGGCGUCCUGAAUGCAACCGAAUUCGGCCCCCAAUGCGCCCAGUCCUACAGCAGCGCAGGCAUCUUCAGUAGCGGGAAGAAAAGCACUAGCGAAGACUGCCUUUAUUUGAACAUUUGGACCCCUAACUACAACGACACCUCUGACAUCACCUCCAAGAACCUGCCGGUGUACUUUUGGAUCUACGGUGGUCGCUUUGAGGGUGGUUCCGGUGACGUCCUGACCUACGAUGGCACCGGUCUCGCCGCUAAAGACAUCAUCGUUGUCACCAUCAACUAUCGGUUGGGCCCCUUCGGCUACCUCGCCCACCCCGAACUUUCCGCCGAAUCCGGUCACAACAGCUCUGGUAACUACGGAAUUCUCGACCAGCAAGCCGCCCUGCGCUGGGUUCACGAGAACAUCGCCAACUUCGGUGGCAAUGCCAGCCAGAUCACUGUUGGCGGUCAGUCUGCCGGCUCGGCCAGCGCCUUGGAUAGCAUGUGGAGCCCGCUGACCAAGGGCCUCGUUGCCGGUGUCAUCUCUGAGAGCGGUGCUCGCGGCCCCCAUGACCCCAUGACCGGCAGUGCUGCCACCAGCCACCGCACUAAGGUGGCCGCCGAAGCCCAGGGUGUCGAGUUCCUCAAGGAGCUGAACGUCACCUCCAUUCAAGAACUGCGCACCUCCGUCUCCAUGGAGACCCUGCUCGAAUACGACUCUCUCAGCGAUACCAUCUUCGAGGGUACCCAGUUCGCCAACGCUUCCGCCUUCUUCAUGGAACCCCCCAUGUGGCGUCCCAACAUCGACGGCUACGUCUUCCCCUACGACUACACCCAGUCCCUCCUCCUCAAUGCCCACGCAGACGUGCCCAUCCUCACCGGAAAUAACAAGGACGAGUCCGGCGCCGAGACUGACCCCGGUCUCACCGCCUCCACCUACAAUACCCUCUACCAGGAGGUCUUCCAGAACUUCUCGGAAGAAUUCUUCAAGCUCUACCCCGGCGAUUCCACCUCCCAGGCCAACAACAACUCGAACGCCCUUUACCGCGACAUGAGCCGUAUUGGCACCUGGCAAUGGGCUCUCGACUGGGCCAAGGGUGGUGCCAAGAGCCCUGUCUACACUUACUACUUCACUCGCUCCCCGGCUGAGAACCGCGACGAGGGCGCCUACCACGGCUCUGAACUCUGGUACACCUUCAACAACAUCCCUUACUCCGACUACUCCAAUGUCACUUGGUACCCCUAUGACUAUGUCGUUGAGGAAUACAUGUCCAACUACUGGGCUAACUUCAUCCGUACUGGUAACCCGAACGGCGAUGGACUCCCUCACUUCCCGCCCAGCACCGAGUCCGAGCAGACUAUGUGGUUGGGUGACUCUUGGGGUGCCGGCCCUAUUUCCGAUAGCGAGGAGCGUAUCGAGUUCAUCAAGAGCUGGUUUGCUACCAUGCCUGAGUGGUAAGCGGAUGGGUGUAAUCCUAUCCCUUUUGUACAGAAAUCGUCUGUUCACUUUUCCUGUUUGUCAUCGUGCCUGAGGCAUGCCAUGUAUUAUAGAUAUUUGUCAAGUUCUUACGCUCGUUUACUGGUGUAUAGCUAUUACUUAGCUCACUGGUACCUUACUUUGUUGAAUAAAUACUUGUAAAUAG